UGAACUUUGAAGUUCGAAUUGCAGUUCAUCGCAACUUCUUCAAGUGGCAGACUUGCUGUGACUUUUCGGGUAAGAGGGUUGCAUAUCAGGUUCCUGGUCCAUAGGUGCCUACCCUGCCCUAGGUAGGUAUCUUAGUAAUACGAAUAACCUAAUAUUUCAAUGUUCUUCCAGCAUUCGAUGUUGAACUUCAAUUUGUUUCCAUUUAAACAUUAUAUUUCCUUGCCUUACGUACUACAUGUAGUACCUGUCACCUGGGUACUUACACCAAUAGUAUUUAAGAACCAAACUUAUAAUCCAAAUAACCAGGACGGCUUCCAAUCAACAAGUCAUCCUCAAAGCAACGGCAUCUUGGCAUGGGAACCCUCUAUCUCUACUCAAUAAUUAUUAAACCGUAGUUCCUUAGCCAAUUAUGGCUGUUUCUCUCUUCCAAAGAUCACUCUUUACGUGGCUCUUGGUCACGACGAUGGCUUCAGCAACACAGUUGCGUAAUAUCAUGUAUCUCACAGGACAACAUCCCAUAGCACCUGAUUUUCCCCUCAGCUCUUCCGUCACUCAUGUAGCUUUGGCUUUUAUGAGCCCCGACCUCUUCAAUGGGGAAGGUGGAAAUUCUAAAUGGCCCCUUUUCACGUCCGUCUCCGAUACACGCUCCAAAUUUAACCCUGGGACCAAGAUAAUGGUUGCCAUCGGUGGGUGGGGUGACUCGGCCGGAUUUGAUAUUGCUGCACGUACGGAUGAGAGCCGUAUACGGUUUGCUCGCAAUGUAGCAACCAUGGUUCAUGAUACGGGCGCUGAUGGCGUCGAUAUAGAUUGGGAGUAUCCAGGAGGCAACGGCGAAGACUGGAAAAAGAUCCCCAACGAGGAGAGGGUCUGGGAAAUUGCUGCGUAUCCAAAGCUGCUAGCCGAGAUCCGCAAGGCUGUAGGGCCAAGCAUCCUCAUAUCAGCCGCUGUCCCCGGUCUCCCGAGAGAUAUGCUUGCCUUCAAGCCUGAUACUGUGCCCCUUAUCAUGGAAUCACUCGACUUCCUGAACGUUAUGACAUACGACUUGAUGAACCGCCGCGAUAACGUUACCAAACACCAUACUGGCAUCCAGGCUAGCUUGGUAAGUCUGAAUGCUUACAUUGCCAACGGCGCGCCGAGAGACAAAAUCAAUUUGGGCUUCGCCUUCUACGCCAAAUAUUUCCGUACCGAAAAAGAGCCAUGUGUCAAGAACCCCAUCGGAUGUCCCACAGGCCUCUUGGAAGACCCCGACACUGGUGCUGAUCUAGGUCGAGCAGGCUCCUUCUCCUGGCGCGACACUGUCCCGCAAAAUGUUGAGGCAUCGCUUAAGAAUGCCCUAACAAAGGGGCAGUAUGACCCAGUUGGAGGUGGCUACUAUUAUUGGGAUGAAGAAGAGGCCAUCUGGUGGACAUUUGACACACCGGAGUCCAUCCUUAAGAAGUUUCCCCUCCUCGUGGAAAAGGAGAAGUUAGGUGGGGUGUUUGCGUGGGGGCUUGGAGAAGAUGCCCCUAAAUGGGCUCAUCUGGAGGCUCUUUGCGCUGGGGUGAAGGGCCUGGCUAGUAAGAAGGAGGAGCUAUAAGAGCACCAUGCUUUUAAUAUUCGACUUGCGCCUGUGAACAAUUAUUAAGUAUUGUUUGUAUCAUAGUUAGGGUACUAGGUAACGAAAUGACGAAAGCCAUGCCCAAAUAAA